GAGGGGGUGCGAGAGCCUGAGUAGGAGCUGCUCCUCCCGGCGCCCCCUCCUGCCGCCUCGCGCAGCCUAUCCCGGCUGGGCCGCGCCGGGCUCGGCCGGGCGCGGAGCGGCUCUGCUCCCGCCUGUUGGGCGGGGAGGGCGGCCGGAGCAAGGGGGAGGGGAGCCGCAAGGACAUGGGCUGGCUUUGAGGGCCGGGGAAGGGAAGCCGACGUGCGUGUGCCUCCCUGUAUUUUAAUAACUGUUUUCGGGUGGUGUGGGUUUUAUUUUUUUCCCUUCAAGGCGGAGGGGAGAACAGCCGCCCCCCGCCCCAGCGCGCCUGCAUGGCCCCUCUCCCCCAGAGCGCCCCUGGAAAAUAAAGCCCGCCUCGGGCCAGGUGACAUACCCCCGCCUCCGCGCUCACACACACACGGACACACAUACACACGGGGAGCGGUACGGGCGCGGGAGCGCCCGCCUGCGAGACCAUGGAGGGACCCUCGGGCCCGGCGGAGGAGGGGGAGCUGCCUCUCCUCACCGUCAAGCACGAGCUGAGGAACGCCUAUGGAAAAGUGUUCCUUGUAAGGAAAGUAAGUGGCCAUGAUGCUGGAAAGCUGUAUGCGAUGAAAGUACUGAAGAAAGCAACAAUAGUUCAAAAAGCCAAAACAACUGAACACACAAGGACAGAACGACAAGUGUUGGAGCACAUUAGGCAAUCGCCAUUUCUGGUCACUUUACAUUAUGCCUUCCAGACAGAUACAAAGCUUCAUCUCAUUUUAGACUAUAUAAAUGGAGGAGAAUUGUUUACUCACCUUUCACAGAGAGAGAGAUUCUCAGAAAAUGAGGUGCAAAUUUACAUUGGGGAAAUUGUUUUGGCACUUGAGCAUCUCCACAAGUUGGGAAUUAUAUAUCGGGAUAUAAAACUUGAGAAUAUUCUCCUUGAUUCUGAUGGCCAUGUGGUGCUGACAGACUUUGGUCUGAGUAAGGAGUUUCUUACUGAUGAGAAUGAGAGAGCAUAUUCCUUCUGUGGAACAAUAGAAUACAUGGCUCCAGAUAUUGUAAGAGGGGGAGACACAGGACAUGACAAGGCUGUUGAUUGGUGGAGUGUUGGUGUUCUUAUGUAUGAAUUAUUAACUGGAGCAUCACCAUUUACAGUUGAUGGAGAGAAGAAUUCUCAAGCAGAGAUUUCUAGGAGAAUAUUAAAAAGUGAGCCACCUUAUCCACAAGAAAUGAGUGCACUGUCAAAGGAUAUAAUUCAGCGUCUUUUGAUGAAAGACCCAAAGAAGAGGCUAGGUUGUGGUCCCACGGAUGCUGAUGAGAUCAAACAACAUCCCUUUUUCCAGAAUAUGAAUUGGGAUGAUUUAGCUGCCAAAAAAGUACCAGCUCCAUUUAAACCAGUAAUCAGAGACGAGCUAGAUGUCAGUAAUUUUGCAGAAGAGUUUACAGAAAUGGAUCCAACAUAUUCUCCUGCAGCAACCCCUCAGACUUCAGAAAGAAUAUUUCAGGGGUACUCUUUCGUUGCACCGUCUAUUUUGUUUAAACGCAAUGCAGCUACAGUAGAUCCUCUUCAGUUUUAUGUUGGGGAUGAGCGGCCUGGAACUACAACUAUUGCCAGAAGUGCUAUGAUGAAGGACUCUCCAUUUUAUCAUCAUUAUGAACUGGAUCUGAAAGAAAAACCACUGGGAGAAGGAAGUUUUUCCAUUUGUCGAAAGUGCUUACACAAGAAAACUACUCAAGAGUAUGCAGUAAAAAUAAUUAGCAAAAGAAUGGAAGCCAACACCCAGAGAGAAAUAACAGCUCUGAAACUCUGCGAAGGACACCCGAAUGUAGUGAAGUUACAUGAAGUUUUUCAGGACCAGCUUCACACAUUUCUAGUAAUGGAAUUGCUGAAGGGAGGAGAACUGCUUGAGCGUAUUCAGAAAAAGAAACAUUUCAGUGAGACUGAAGCGAGUCAUAUUAUGCGCAGACUUGUUUCAGCAGUGAGCCAUAUGCAUGAUGUAGGAGUAGUCCAUAGAGAUCUGAAACCCGAGAAUUUGUUAUUUACGGAUGAAACUGAUAAUUCAGAGAUAAAAAUAAUUGACUUUGGCUUUGCUCGUUUAAAACCACCUGAUAAUCAGCCUCUUAAGACUCCUUGUUUUACUCUUCAUUAUGCUGCCCCAGAGCUCUUGAAUCACAAUGGUUAUGACGAGUCCUGUGAUCUGUGGAGUUUGGGGGUCAUUUUGUAUACAAUGCUAUCAGGACAGGUACCAUUUCAGUCUCAAGACAAAAGUUUAACAUGUACCAGUGCAUUGGAAAUUAUGAAGAAAAUUAAAAAGGGAGAAUUUUCCUUUGAAGGAGAAGCUUGGAAAAAUGUUUCUGAAGAGGCUAAAGAGUUAAUCCAAGGACUUCUAACAGUGGAUCCAAACAAAAGAAUAAAAAUGUCCAGCCUGAGAUAUAACGAAUGGCUUCAGGAUGGCAGCCAGCUGUCGUCCAACCCUCUGAUGACUCCUGAUAACUUAGGCUCCUCAGGAGCUGCAGUGCACACUUAUGUCAAAGCCACUUUUCAUGCCUUUAACAAGUACAAAAGGGAAGGAUUUUGUCUUCAGAAUGUUGACAAGGCACCUCUUGCAAAGAGAAGGAAAAUGAAAAAAACAAGUACAAGCACAGAGACACGUAGCAGCUCCAGUGAAAGUUCACAUUCUUCUUCCUCUCAUUCUCAUGGUAAAACUACACCUACAAAGACACUGCAGCCAGCAAACCCCACAGACAGCAAUAACCCAGAAACCAUCUUCCAGUUCUCUGACUGAAAAGCAGAGAACACCCUGUCUUGAAGAUUUAAGUGGUCAUAAACUUGGUAGUUUAUUAUAAACCUAUAUUGUCUUCUCCCACCCAACCUCCCUGUGGUUUGCAGGCUACAUUAAUGUCUGUUGCUUUAAAAAUAUAUUUCAGUCAUUUUUUA